ACUCUCUCCCUCUCUCUCUCUCUCCCCCAACAUUUUCUUUUUAACUCCAAACAUCAUUGUUACUGCUUUUCCGGUACCAAACUUACUCUUUAGUCUAAAAUCUUCUCAUUGUUUAACAUUAUAACAUCAGGACUUUUGUUCAAAGCUAAUCCACUCACUCUAAAGACCCACUCCUUUCUUUCCAUUGUCUGCACUCCAUACUUCUGUACUCUCUGUUCAGCUCAUUUCUUUCCAUCCACCCUCAAUCUUCUCCACACCAAUCUCAUCUUCUCAGCCUCUAUAGUCUAUAUAUUCCAUUUUUUCCACAUUUCUUGAUUUUCUCAGUCAAUAGUCUCAUUAGCUUUGCUUCAGCAUAGGCUGCACAUUUUUUUUCCCCUAUCUAGUCCUUGUGUUUUGCUGAGAUCAGCUCUCUGGUUUUUGUUUCAGCAGUACACUAGUUUUAAAACAGAGACAACACCGGGCAAACAUUAGUUUAUAUUCAUAAUCAUGGUUGUGUUUCAGAGGAAUGUGGCGGUAAGGAUGGAUGAACAGCUGCCACCACUAGUACAGGCGCCGCCUGCAGUGGGGGAGCCUAGUCACUCUACACACAGAUCAAUUGAGACGCUGGUGGUGGUGUUAGCAGUGAUCACGAUUGUUGGGGUUAUUGCAGGGAUCAUAGCUAGGCUGUGCGGAGGACGGCAUUUUGGUGGCAAUGGGGAGAAUGACAUAGAAGGAUGGGUAGAAAGGAAAUGUAGGAGCUGCAUUGAUGGUGGUAUUCCAGCAGCACCACCACCACCACCACCAGCAGAAGAAUCAAAGCCAGCAGCAGAAGAAGCAAAGAAGUGACAAUGGAUUGUAAAAUGAGCAUACAAGCCAGUUUGGUCAGUUUAGGAUGUCUAAUAUGAUGCUGCAAAGCAGACCAGUAGCGGAGGUUCAUUCAAAGCAUCUACUGUUUGAUCAUGAGCAAAAGGGGAAACUACGAUCAGAGUGCUUCUACUGCAUUUUUCACCCUCAGUUGUCAUCUAAUAGUAAGUGGGGAAGGAGUAUAACUAUUGGUGCAGCACUUGAUCAGCAAAGAGUAGUGUACUAUCUUGUCUGUCAACUUCCAUGUCUUUCCUUCAAAUUUCAAAUGAACCGAUUUUCUGCUAUAGCCCUUUAAA